GGAAUACUCCCUCGUUGCAUUCUGGGAUGUUGAACAUCUCAUCCCAACUCUCCUUCAAUACUGAGAUGUGAGCUGUGAACACAGAUACUGCUCAUCUGUCAUUGCUUGUUUGCUUGUUUGUUUGCUUGCUUCUUGCUUCCAAACUCUUAUAGACUAGGCAGAGUCUACUGAUGGUGCCCCGUGUACCUCUAUCUCCUUGACUCAGUCUUUGAGAAACAGGGCGCAAGACAUCCCUCUGACGUUCUGAAUCGACAUUUUUUAAAGUGACAUCUCCGCCGCCACUCGCCGGUUCAUGCCCCCGCGUCGCCGUCCCCCAGCGGGGACUGGGACAGAUCUUCCGCCGCUGAAAAUCCUCCGCAAGAUCCUCCUGCUCCAGCUGGCCUACUAUGCAGCUGCAACAGUGCUGAUCUUAUUCACGAGUCUCGUGUACGGGACGCCCUUUUCGUUGGGAUUGAUACUGGACUGGGAUGCGCUGAGGGGUGAUACCACUAUUGGGUGGAUAUUAGGGUUGGUAUGGCUGUUGAAUGGUCUAAUAAGCGUCAUCUUUCUUCUCCUCCUUGUAUCCCGCUCCAAACUCAUACCCGAUUUCGCUCUUACAAUCCACUUCCUGCAUCUGAUCGCCUCAUCCUUGUAUUCCCACUCCAUCCCCACGAACCUUCUCUGGUGGGGCCUGCAAUGCGCCAGCGCUGCCCUCAUGAUCUUUCUCGGUAUCUGGGCCUGUCAGUGGCGAGAGCUGAAACCGAUCAGUUUCGGCGGUAAACGUCCCGCCGAGCAAUCGGCUGCUUCCUCGCAGUCCACUCAGGGAGUCGAGGAACAGCAGCUUGAGGGUUCUUCGCGUGGACGCGGACGAGGUCGUAAUCUUUCCGAGGAAAGUGACGGCUAUGAGAUGGUUCGUAUGAAGAAGAGUGAUGAUGAAAGUGCAUGAAUUAUUUUAUUUUUAUUUUUAUUUUUAUUUUUGGUUUUAUUGUAUCUUUUGAUUUAAUAUUUGGCAUUGGGACUCUUUGAAUGUUGUUUCACGUUUCUGUUAGGUAUACCCUGGCAUCUAUACAGAGAGCGUUUCGGAGUUGGAGUUGGAGCUACGGGCUAGACUGCUUCUUUCUUUAUCUUUCGACAUAUUCUAUAUUCACCAAAAUGCAUUAUAAUAGUAAUAUUAACAUGUAAAUGUCUAUGUUACCGAAGCC